AAUCUCCAAGGCGUCGAUCUUUCAGGGAUUGUGACUUGCGUUCCUGGGGAGAGCUCCGUGAAUAGCAAUCCUGUUAUUCAUACGAUCGAGCGGAUGAAGCAGUUGGAUCUUGAAUCGGCUGGUACAUUCAACAGCGAUGAUGUUCUGAAUGAAAUUGUGGAAUUGUUGGGUAGGUUGAAUGAUUUGUGCGCUGAUGAAGGAUCGAGAAAUGUAGCCAUUGCUACUAAGAAUGGCGGAGUGCAACUUGUAUGCUCGAUUUUAUUGAAGCUUCCAGGUGGAUGCAAUCAGGGUGUGAUAUCUUCUUUCACGACAUUGGCUAAGCUACUUCAUGAUCUUCAAAGCACAGAAAUAUUUAGGGAGAGUGGUGGAGCAAAGGCUGUUGUAGAUAUCCUUAAUGAUAAGAUCCAAGAUCUUAGCAUCUUGGAUAGUGGAUUUUCUGUCAUUGCGGCAGCUGCAACUGGUAAUGAAGUUAUAAAAGAUUUAUUUAUGGACAUGAAAAUUGAUGAAUUCAUCGUUCAGUGCCUGAGGGAACACCCAAGUGGGGGCACUCCUUUAUAUGAUGCCAUGCGAGUCCUGCUAACAUCCGAUGAUAAUCGUGUGAUAGCCUCACAAGUUUUCGGGUAUGCCCGAAGAUUUGCAAAGAUUGGAGUUGUUGAAGCGCUUGUGGGAUCUCUCAGUCAGGGGAUCAGGUCACCCAGUAUGUUGCCAGCAUGUAAUGCUUUGAAAUUAGUUGCUGUUAAUGAAGAAAUAUGCAGAGCUGUUGCUGACAACAAUGGUUUAGAUGUAAUUCUUUCUUGUAUUGAUGAUAGUGGACAACAGGGAAAUCAAACCUUAGCCAAAACUUGUUGCUCUUUGUUAUGUAAGUUAGCAGGAAGUGAUGCAAACAAAUGUGCGAUAGUGGAGAAGAGAGGAAUGGAUAGGCUUAUUAGACUAUCAAUGCAGUUUUCUAAUGAUCCUUCUGUACUUCAAGAGAUAAUGUCUAUUUUUACCGUGCUAUGCUUGAGAUCCCCAGAGAAAGCAGCUCGUGCCAUUGAAGCUGGAGCAGGUGAUCUUGCCAUUCAAUCCAUGGAACGGUUUCUUCAAUCGGAGCAACUACAACGGAAUGCUUGUUUCAUGAUCCGUAAUCUUGUGGCUAGAAAUCCUGAGAACAGAGUGCUUUUGUUGGCAAAUGGUAUAGAGAAGCUUGUUCGGAAGGCCAAGUCAACCCACAAAAGCUGUAAAGCUGCAGCUACGGACGCACUUAGAGAUCUUGGGCUUGUGGACUACAACUCUUAGUCAUUUUAUAUAUAAGAAAUUGCCUUAAUUAGGAUUAAAACGUAUGGGCACUACAAAAAUAGGAAUGUUUGUUUUUACUCUCUGAAUGAGUAAUUAGUGUUAAACUAGGAAAAUAUUGUCAUUUUUGCUGUAUAUUGCCAUGUUUAAAGUACUCCUAUUUAGAGAAGUAAAAUACAUCACUCCUAUUCUGGAAUUCCCAAUUGUUUGUACUCGGGAAUUUUCCCCUUUUUUAUUGAAGAGGAAAACAAGUAUAAUAUGUAUACUUUAGGAAUUUUAUCAAUCCAGUAUCCGAAACAUAGAUGAAUUAUCAAUCCGGAACCUGAAAGAUGAUUUGUAUCGGUAUAGGACCCGAAUGAUGGAAAACUAUCAAUCUAGGACCUAACAUUUCAUAGGUUAUGAUUUAUUUAAUUAUUUAUUAAUUUCAUUGCUAGUUUUUGAUAAACUUGUCUUUACAAAACUUUAUUAGUUUAUUAAAACUAAAUGAUAUUUAAAAUUUUUAAAAUAAAAAAAUUAAUAAAAUUUAUGACAACUUAGGUCUUAGAUCGAUAAUUUUAAAUCAUUCAGGUCUUAUAAUGAUAGUUUUUCAUCAUUCAGAUUCUAUACUGAUGCAUAUCAUCUUUCAGGUCCCGGAUUGAUAAUUCAUCUAUCUUUCGGAUUCUGAAUUGAUAAAAUUCCUAUACUUUAAUGCCCUAAUUGGCUUCAAAUUUUGUAGUCUUGGUGUCUUUACAAGUAAUUAUUUACAAUCAGCUCUUAGUCUCUUACUAUUU